AAUUUCAGCCAGCAUUGUGCGGCGUGACGGCGACUGGGCAGCUUUGAAUCUUUUUUGAAAUGGAUCUACCGGAGAAGUGACCUGCACCACAACACCUGUUCCUGACCACAACGCUCCAUUUUUCACGCCAUGGCGCUCCGUCGUUUAGCGCAGUUCGACGUGUUUCCCAAAGUCGAAACGGAUAAUCAAGCACGGAGCGAGAAAGGAGGGCUGCUGACCUUCUUAUUGACAUGUUGCUUGCUGAUGCUGACUGUCAGCGAGUUUUCCGAAUAUCGCAAAAUAAAAACACAGUACGCGUUUUCAGUCGACCCUGUUAUCGAGACACAUUUGCAGAUUAAUAUGGACUUGACUGUCGCUAUGCCCUGUCCAGCAUUGCUGGUUCAUGUCUAUGAUGCUUCAGGCCAGCGUAUGCAUCUCAACGAUGAUCUGAAACUUAUUCCAGCUGAAUUUUCAAUUGGAACCGCCACAAAAUAUAGGGCUGUGCAAGAUCCAAAGUAUAUCCGUGAAAUCAUCCAAGCUGCAAGUGGAAAGCCGUAUGACGAACAAAUUGCGACGGAUAUGGGUGCUUGCAGAAUUUACGGAUCGAUUACAGCCAAUAAAGUGGCCGCGAACCUGCAUAUUACAGCGGCUGGCCACGGUUAUUACGGCGGAGGCCAUACCGAUCAUUCCCUAAUGAACUUUACUCAUCGUAUCGACGAAUUCUCUUUCGGCAAGCUCUACCCGAACCUUGUGAAUCCUCUUGAUAACAGUGUGGAAAUUGCAGAAUCAAAUUUUGAGAUUUUUCAAUACCUACUUUCAGUGGUGCCCACCACUUACAUCGAUGAAAACAAGAAUGUACUGUUCACCAAUCAAUAUGCCGUUACCGAUUCCCAGAAAUCAUUCAAAGAAGAAAACGCAGCCCAUUUAGUACCUGGCAUCUUCUUCAAGUAUGAUGUUGAACCCAUUUCAGUGCAACUGAGUGAAUCGCGACAAUCAUUUGUCCAUUUCCUGGUCCGUUUGUGUGGUAUCAUUGGCGGUUCAGUUGUCACCACAGGGUUUGCUUAUCGAACGAUCAAGUUUCUUAUCACCGGCGGCAAGGAAGAUCCCACUCUUUACACAGCGGUACAUAACAUCAUGAAGAGUGUGUAAGAUAUACCAAUAAAAAAAGUUUAUUUUUUAUUUAUGUGGUUGUUGCUGAUGAC